AUGACUGCCGCUGCUGCUGUUAGAAUAAAUAUCCCCUUGAUAAUUGGUGGUGAAGAGAUCAAGACAACCAACCAAUACCCAGUAAAUUCACACAUAGAUCCCAAUGCAGUGAUUCAUAACUUUUCAACAUUUAAUAUUAAAGAUAGUUCAUUAUUGGACAUGUUAUAUACUUCAGCUAAGACAGGGUUUGAGGAAUGGUCAACUACGCCAUAUGAUAAGAAGAUCAAAAUAUUUCAGAAGGCGAUUGCUUUAUUAAAUGAAAGAAAACUGCAAUUAUUCGAUUCUCACCUGGACAUAGGAGGCCCUGCUUGGUUUGCUGGAUUUAAUGUUGAUGGUGCAAUUGGACAAAUUGAAGAAUAUAUUAGUCAUUUAUCAAAUCCUAUUGGGGUUGUUCCACAAAGUUUAGAUACUGAACUAGCCUUAACUAUUAAACAACCGAUUGGUCCUGUAUUAGCUAUUGCUCCAUGGAAUGCACCAGUUAUAUUAGCUUCUAGAAGUAUUGUUGCACCAUUGGCUGCAGGAUGUUCAGUUAUUCAUAAAACUUCUGAAAAAUCUCCAUUAGCUUCGUAUUUAUUCGUGAAAUGUUUUCAUGAUGCCGGUUUGCCAAAGGAUGCUUUACAAUUGGUACAUGUUUCUCCACAAGAUAAUCCUCAAUUUUUAGAACAAGUGUUAAGCUCUGGUGUGAUUAAAAAGUUAAACUUUACUGGCUCUACUGCUGUCGGAAAGAAGAUUGCGGCAGCUGCAGCAAGUCAUUUGGUUCCUUGCCUUCUAGAACUCGGUGGUAAAAAUUAUUCCUUAGUCAGAAAAGAUGCUGAUCUUUCAAAAGCAGUUCCUAAUAUUAUCUGGAGUAGUUGGUCUCAUAAGGGUCAGAUCUGUAUGAGUACAGAGAAAGUUUACGUUCACGAAGAUAUAUAUGAUACAUUUAAGGGUGAAGUUUUAAAGCUUAGUUCUGAAAUUUCCAAAGAUUCUGAUUAUGCUAUUCCACAAAGAGAUUUAGUAUUUACUAAGAAAAUCAUUGACUUGGUAGACGAUGCUGUUGACAAAGGGGCUCAAGUUUUGUUCGGAGAUUAUAAUAAAGAUGAAUAUUUAAAAAACAAUUCAAUAUCGCCAUUAAUCAUAGAAGGCGUCACUGAAGAAAUGCUUUUAGAUACCACAGAAAGUUUUGGUCCUAUCUUCACUAUUCAUAAAUACAGCGACGAAGAUAAAUUAAUCAAACAAUUGAAUGAUUCACCAUAUGGUUUGAAAGCUUCCAUUUGGUCUCAAGAUAUAAUGAAAGCAUUAUCUAUUGCCAAAAGAAUUGAGAUUGGAGGAAUCCACAUUAAUCAUUCCACGGUUCACGAUGAAGCAACUAUUCCUCACGGAGGUGUCAAGAGUAGUGGACAUGGUAGAUUCAAUAGUUCAUGGGGUAUUGAUGAGUUCUCUAUACUUAAAUCUAUUACAAUUAAUUAA